UAGGGGGAGUCGGGUAGCAGCAUCCUCCCGGGCGCCGCUUUAGUGCGGCCGCGGCGGGGGCUUUCUCUGCCUCGGGACUUCGUUGGGCAGAAGCAGCCGGUGCCGGGAGAGGGUCCCGCUCUUUUGCCUCCACCUACGUGUCCAGGGUCCUCCUGGGCCAGUCCGCGGUCACGGAGCUCCGGGGCUCGCCUGAGCCGCCUGCCCGGACAUCCUCCGGGUGAUGGAAGAAGCAGCCGCCGCUGCGGGGCCGUGCCGUACCCUAUCCGCCGCCGCCGGAGGGAUGGGAAGGUUCGCUACGUGGAGGCCCAGAGCGAGAGAUGGAGAGCCGAUUAGCCUGGAGCUGGGACGUGUGUAAGCCACCCCGCACCGUCGCCUCCAGCCUGCUUCGUGCCCCAGAGCCGGGAGGGAAGCUGCGGUCCCAAGAGACUCGGGGAGACGUCGCUGGAGCCGGGACGCGCCGCGCUCGGUGGAGCGCAGAGCAGGGGUCUGGGCCCGGUGAAAGUUUCCCCUCCCGAGCUGCAGGGCGCCCGCUGCCGGGAAACUCUGCCUAGGGCUGAGACAGCGGAGUCCCGCAGCUCCCUGGAAGGAUUGGGGACCCCCGGCAGAAGAGAACCGGACAGAAACCGAGGAGAGCGCUAGCCGGACAGUCUGCCGGUCGGAGAUCCGGGGACGCUCUGGGGGCGCACCCGCUGCUCCAGGUCCUUCUCGGAGCCGCUGCCAUGGGAGAGCCAGCCCUGGGCGCCGGGGACCAGCCGCCUCUGCCGCCGCGCCCGCCUCGGAUCGGCGGCCCCAGUCCCGGCGCCCGCAGCCGGCCUGCAGCGUCCCCCUCCCGGGCUGCAGGGCCGCCUCCGCCGCGCCGCCGGCCCCGGCUGUGCCUGUGAUGAGCCGCAGCUCGCCGCGAGCUCUGCCCCCGGGCGCGCUUCCCCGGCCGCUGCCGGCCGCGCCUGCCGCCGUGCAGCGGGCCCUGCUCCCGCCGUGGCCCCGGCGCGCAGGACGCCGCUGGCCUGCGUCCCCGCUCGGGAUGAAGGUGUUUCGCAGGAAGGCGCUGGUGCUGUGCGCGGGCUAUGCACUGCUGCUGGUGCUCACUAUGCUCAACCUCCUGGACUACAAGUGGCAUAAGGAGCCGCUGCAGCAGUGCAACCCCGACGGGCCUCUGGGUGCCGCGGCGGGGGCGACCGGAGGCGGUUGGGGACGGCCGGGGUCGCCUCCUGCAGCGCCACCCCGCGCUCACCCGCGUAUGGACCCCCGUACCCCAUACCGCCCUCCCGCAGCCGGCGUGGGGGCAGUUCCCGCAGCCGCGGUGGGGGCUGUAGGAGCUGCGGCCUCUCCAGGCAAUGGCACUCGAGGCACCAGGGGUGGAGGGGACAAGCGGCAGUUGGUGUAUGUGUUCACCACGUGGCGCUCCGGUUCCUCCUUCUUCGGCGAGCUCUUCAACCAGAACCCUGAGGUGUUCUUCCUCUACGAGCCUGUGUGGCACGUGUGGCAAAAACUGUACCCUGGGGACGCGGUUUCCCUGCAGGGGGCAGCGCGGGACAUGCUGAGCGCUCUCUACCGCUGCGAUCUUUCGGUUUUCCAACUGUAUAGCCCCGCCGGCAGUGGGGGGCGCAACCUCACCACUCUGGGCAUCUUUGGGGCAGCCACCAACAAGGUGGUGUGCUCCUCGCCUCUCUGUCCCGCCUACCGCAAGGAGGUCGUCGGGCUGGUGGACGACCGCGUGUGCAAGAAGUGCCCACCUCAACGCCUGGCACGCUUCGAGGAGGAGUGCCGCAAGUAUCGCACGCUGGUGAUCAAGGGCGUGCGCGUCUUCGAUGUGGCUGUGUUGGCACCGCUGCUUCGAGAUCCAGCCCUGGACCUCAAGGUCAUCCACUUGGUGCGUGAUCCUCGUGCGGUUGCCAGUUCCCGCAUCCGCUCGCGCCAUGGCCUCAUCCGGGAAAGCCUACAGGUGGUGCGAAGCCGGGAUCCGAGAGCCCACCGCAUGCCCUUCCUGGAGGCCGCUGGCCACAAGCUGGGUGCCAAGAAGGAGGGUAUAGGUGGGCCAGCAGACUACCAUGCUCUGGGUGCAAUGGAGGUCAUCUGCAACAGUAUGGCCAAAACGCUGCAGACAGCCCUGCAACCCCCCGACUGGCUGCAGGGACACUACUUAGUGGUGAGGUACGAGGAUCUGGUGGGAGACCCGGUUAAGACCCUGCGGAGGGUUUACGACUUUGUGGGGCUGCUGGUGAGUCCCGAAAUGGAGCAGUUUGCCCUGAACAUGACCAGCGGUUCGGGCUCCUCCUCCAAGCCUUUCGUGGUGUCGGCUCGCAAUGCCACUCAGGCCGCCAACGCCUGGCGGACCGCGCUCACCUUCCAGCAGAUCAAACAGGUGGAGGAGUUUUGCUACCAGCCCAUGGCAGUGCUGGGCUAUGAGCGGGUCAACAGCCCUGAGGAGGUCAAAGACCUCAGCAAGACCCUGCUUCGGAAGCCCCGGCUUUGAGAGGGGUUCCCAAGAGAUCUGAGGCCCUCUGGAGACACCCACAAAGAGGAUGGUGUGUUUAAACAAACACAGCCCAGACCCAAGCUGAGGAAGCCCACAUAUUCUAUUAUAGAUAUAUAAUAUAAAUAACCACACAGGCACUUGCUGUCAACGUUUUGAGUCAGUGAAUUUCAAGGAACAGCCUCAACAUACACACACACACACACACACACACACACACACACACACACACACACACACACCCCUCAGAAAAGGCAAGACUUGAAAGUUCCGACAAAUUGCCCUGUCCUCCUGCCUCCUCUCCCUCUCCCCUUCUCAUCCUCUCUCCCUCCUCCCUUUCAUAUUGAAGUGGAAUGUUGAUAAAUCAAGUUCCAGUAACCCAAAUCUUGUUUACAAAUUUUUUGUGGUAUCUGUGAAUGUGUAAGAUUAAUUUGGAUGUGGGGUGGGGUGGGUGGAGAAGGGGGAAGCGGUCCCAGAGCAAAAAGCCCCCACCGGGCUGGUAAACCCAAGGAGGCAUUCUUCAAAAGUAGACUUUUGUGUAAACAGCAAAGGUUACGUGUGAGUAUUAAUAAAGAAGAUAAUAAAUAAUAUUCUUUUUUUAUAUUUGCCUCCAUUACUCUGGAUUUACCAGUGUUACUUGUCUUUGGAACUUCAGGUGGCCUCUGCUCCCCUCCUCACCCUACAUUUCCAGCCAUCUACUUGGGGGACUGCUAAGCUGGGAGAAGCCUUAGUUAUAAUCUGUUUCAUGUGUUGUUUCCUCACAUGUAAACCACAGUCUGCCAGGUGCCUAGGACUGGAACCAACCUUCUACAGGCAAACCCCAGCAGGGCAGAGAAGAGAGCACACACUAGUCUCCUGUUCAGCUUUGAGUAGAGAAAGGAAGAAACAAGCCCUUGAGAUUUGAAGGCAUUCGGUUUUGAUUACUACUGUAUUGUGAGUUGAGACAGGGUACCUUGAAGCAGAGACUGGUGUUUUUGUUCUGAAGUUGGUUCAGAAAAAAGAAAAAAAAAUUAAAGGCAUAUAAUUUUUUUUUUAAAGUUCUGAUGACUAGAAUACAAGUUUCAAAAUGGAGUGGACACUAUUGGUGGUGGCAGCAACUUCUGUAGUUAGUGGAAUGACAGAAAUAUCUCUUUGGAGUGUGUUUGUCUUUGACACAGUAUCCGGAGGCAUAUUAAAGCGAAGUUUUAACUGAGGACUGGAGGGGCACUCAGGUUUUCUUUCCUCAUGUCCCAUCCAAACUAACAAUACUAAAGGACAGGAAUUUGAAAUAGUUUGCUUGGGAUUUGGGAUGUCCUGGAGAUAGGAUGUUCUCUUUAUUUCCUAAAGGCAAGUUUUCAAAACAAAGUACGUGCUGCAUACAGUGUAGGAUUUUAGCUAAGAACUUUUAGAUACUAAAAGGAUUCUAAAGAAGAGGAAAUAAAAAUGGAUUAGUGUGUAGGAUUUUGAGAUUUGGUAUUUUCCAGUGGGGGGAAAAAUCAUUAAAUUUCCCAGCAGUGGUUAUGAUACUCCUACGUCCUGAACUCAUAUUGUGCUGAAGUAUUCUGUAUGGUGUCAUGUUACAAUAAAUUAUGAAACCCAAAUAGGAAAAACAGACAGUAUAGUUGUAUAUUGUAUAUUAUAUUAAAUACGGUACAAGUUCAGUAUUCUCGCAGCUUUAUUUUACAGUAAUUUAUUAUGAGAUUCUGGAAAAUCAACAAAUGUGGGUUGAAUGCUGAGGACUUUAUUUAAAAAAAAGAUAAUAUGUACAUAGGAAAUGUUUUAACAUGAAGUGAUUCUUGAGUUUAAUUAUCAUUACAAUGUGAAGUCAAAGAUGAAGAAGCACAUUUUUUUUUUAAAAAGUGUAUUAGAGGGGUUAUUUCCUAAUCUCCUGAAAGAUUGUUUCCCGUGUCUUGCUAUUGAGCUAGACUGCUACUAGAAUACUGAUCAAGAUUUCCAUGGUAUUUUUUAUGGUAGUGCCUUCAGCAGCAGGGGAACUUUGUAAGAGCUCUAAUUUAAGAAUACUUUAAAAUUGAACAAAAUAAAUAUUAAUGUGGGGUAACUAUAGAUGAAAAAGGCUUAGCAGCAAAUUAAGGUAGUGUCAUUAAAAAACAAUGAUUAUGGAUAAAAUAACCAGUUAAAAACAAAUUUUGUAUGGCAUUAGAAUCAGCUCUUUUCAGCCACAGUGAAAUUCAUUUCUUGUUGAGCAAAAGAUUUUAAAGCCGUCGACUUCAUUCUUUUCCAGUAUAUCCACAGACUUGGAUUGCACUAGAAUCGAAUUAUGGUUUUGGAUCUUGUGUUUAAAACUUACUACAUGUUGUAGAGAGCCUUGGAGCUUACAGAGCAUUCACGGCCUCUGCUGAGAGGAAAUUCUCAGCUCACACCAACAGCUUUCCCCUCCUCUGUUUGCCCAGAGUUUCUGUCUGUAUUUUCCUUGUUUUGCAGCAGCUGAAUUCUCGCCACUCCUGGGCUCUGAAAUUUGAAAAGGUGAAUUGUUGCUCCUGGAGAUUUGUACCUAGCUGCAUUCUAGGAAAGUGAGAUGGGUGUUGUUCCCACUAGAGGCCGAGAUAGUCAUAUCAGUGACAUUUAGCUGCCAGAGCUUGGAGAAGGGGAGAAGCAUUUUUGGUGUUAACAAGCUCUUGUCAGCCCCUGGUGCAAGCAGACCUGUGCCACGACAAACUGCAACAGAGCUGUGACCAUUUCUGAGGCAGCGUAUAUGAAAGCAAUCCUUUCACGUUUCCCGACCUGGCAGGACGUCCAUCAGCGGGAGGAAAUAUUCGUCAGAGUAGCUUGUCUCUCAGAGAUUCUGUCUGUGACUUCUGCCUGACUGCUGACAUGCCUGGCUUAGCCCUUUGACUUUGGAAUGUAUUUGUUAAUUAGAAAGCUCCAUUUAGAGAAUGGAGUCCAGGCAGGGCCUUUAGUCAACAAAUAGGAGUUUGGAACAAGACAGAGGCACAGGCUGGGUGCUUGAGUUUCAGGAAUCUCAGAGCCAAUGAAAGAUUGCAUUCACACUGACCCCUGGGUACAGGGACUGGAGCAAAAAUCUAUGCCCUUCAGUAUCUACCCACAGUGAGUGCUUGAUAAAUAUUUGUUAGAUAAGUGGAUGAAAUAUGUAACUAUCAAAUACUGAAAACGUUUAGAGGGAAAGAGGAGAAGAUUGUUAACCUGUUACAGAGAAAGUGCCCGGCUGCUGAGCGAGGUCGUGGCCUGCCGUCUCUAUGAGAUGCACAGAGUAAGCAAUGUGUAUCUGCAAUGUUUCCAAGGUGACCCAGCUCUUUAAUUCCCACCAAAGAAUGAGAAAGAACUGCAGAAUUUAUUAAUGUGGAGAGGCAAAUUCAAAAUAAGUAACUAAACUUUCAGAUUUGUUUUCCAAACUGCACGAACACAGACGGGCAGGGAUCUGACAUAACCCAGGAUCAGAAUUGCCCAGGUGCCUAGGGGUGGUCUGUGAAGGUUAGUUUUGAAGAAGCUGUGAUGUUUACUGUUCUGAGUGCUGUGGAUGCACAGACUGAAGAAAUGUAGUGUAGGCUGUGGCCAGGCAGAGCAAUGGCUGCUGUCAGAAAGACUGUCCCACUGUGGAUGCUGAGCCAGACAAGGGCUACCUGCUCCCGUGUAUCCACAGCCUGGCUACAGCCAGUUCUGUCCAAGAUUUUGGUCAUGCACUGUGUAGUUGUGGCUGAAUUAUGCUGUUGGUUUGAAAUGAAUGUGAAUUCGGGUGAAACUAUUAAGCUAAUAUUCCCCAGGAACUGAGCAAUUAAAUAAAGAUCAUGUUUGAAACACA